UUCAUCUUAAACCAUCAGAAAAUGAGAGAUAAAAAUUUUCACAAUUAUCUUAAUAGUGUCAUCUCGUAAUAAUAUCAUCCUAUUCAUCCUUAUCCUCAUCAUCAUCAUCAUCAUCAUGUUAUAUCCUGAACCUUGAAUUGUAUACCGAUCAUCAGAUGAUAUUUGAAUUUGAAGGGAAGAAAAAAACUUCCACUUGAAAUUUUUUUUCCUUGACUCUUUUUUUCUGUGGUUCCAUCAUCAUUUUUAUCAUCAUUCUCAGUUUAUCAUCAUCCUCAUCAUCAUCCUCAUCAUCAGUAACUAUAUAAACUGAAUCAGUUGAUUGUAAUCAGUUUUCUGUAAUAGUUUCCAACUAAUAUCAUUUGGUAAAUAAUAAAAAGUUAAAAAAGUUUUUCAUCUUAAAAGUUUUAAUCAGACAAAAGUAAUCACAACAAUUGAUUGUUGUUAAGUGUGUAUGUGUAAUUAAAUUAAAUUGUUAACUGUUUUUAAAUUAGCUUCAAUUAAAUCAAUGUGUUCUGUGUGUAAAUACAUUAUAUAUUAUUUGGGUGUUAGUAGUUAAUUUAAAUUGUAAUCAUCUGAUUACCAACAUCAAUAAUUAAACCACCAAACCGAUAAUAAUAAUAAUAAAACGGUAAUGAUGUUUUCAAUUGAUAACAAUUGGUCAACAGUUAAUGGACAAUUAACUAACCAUUUAAACCAUUUAAACAAUUCAAAUGAAUCAGUUAAUCUUGAUACAAAUGAAGUAAAUACAAGUAACAGUAAUCUAGUGAUUAGUAAAUCAUUAAGCUAUUCACCUUCAUCAUCAUCACCUUCACCUUCAAUAGGUCAAGGAGGAGGAGGAGGUGGAGGUGGAGGUGGUAAUCAUGUCCAUCAUUCCCAACAACAACCUCCACCUCAUCCACUUCAUCAUCAGAAUUUAUUUCAAACUCAUCAAUUUAUCAAUCAUCACCAUCACCAUCAUCCCCACACCACAUCUACAUCUCACCAUCAUCAUCUUCCACCUACAUCCUCCUCCUCACCACCACCACUUCAACCUCAUCUUCAUCCUCAUCAUCAGCAUCAACAGAGUCAACACCAUCCUUUACACCAUCAUCUUACUUCAUCAUCUUCAUCUUCCUCCACAACAACAACUGCAACCACUUCGACCACCUCAACGACAACCACAGCAACAACAAUCAAUGGAAACUCAAAUUCAAUUCAAAAUGGUUCCAAUUCCCUUACCCCCAAUUCAUCAUCUUCCUCAUCUUCAUCAACCACUUCCUCAUCAUCCACACCCAACAACAGUCUAACCACCAAUGGUAAUCAGAGUCACCACAACACCUCAAGUGAUAUAAGUAAACCAUCAAAACAAAAGCGACAUCGAACUCGUUUCACUCCAGCCCAAUUACAGGAAUUGGAACGUUCAUUCAGUAAAACUCAUUAUCCGGAUAUUUUCAUGAGGGAAGAACUUGCACUCAGAAUCGGAUUAACAGAAUCAAGAGUUCAGGUUUGGUUUCAAAAUCGUCGAGCAAAAUGGAAAAAGAGGAAAAAAUCAGGAAAUUUUCUUCGAAAUCCCACCGGUGCUCUUCUUCCCUCCCACCCAUUGCCCACCUUUGGUUCCGUUUCCUCUCCAGCCGACGGACUUUGUUCAUUUACCGCUGGACAUCACGAUCCAAGGUGGACAAUGACCACAACAGGUUCUACUACUCUGAGUUCUUUAACUCAUCAUCAUCAUCAUCAUCAUCUUCCUCAUCUUCCAUCACUUUCCCUUCAAUCAACUGGACAAUUUUCAUCGACCGCCACCGGAAUGGGAGGGCUUAAUCAUCAUACUUCCGGUUUCGGUUCAUCAUGUUAUCAACCAUAUCAGAUGAAUUUAAAUGAUGAUGAUCAUGAUGAUAAUCAAGUUAAUGGUAAUCAAAAUCAUCACCAUCAUCAUGAUAAUUCAAUAGGAAAUGAAGUAACCCCAAUAACAACAACAACAACAAGACCAACAUCAUCAUCAACUCCAACAUUAUCUUCAUUACCUAUUGGAUCUGCAACUCCAACGAUAACGACCAUUGAAACGACCUUUGGACAUAAUAAUUUACCGUUAUCUUGUUCAUCACCUUGUUCAUAUUUAUCUUUAUCACCUUCAUCAUCCUCUUCUUCCUCAUCAUCUCACAAUCAAAGUCAUCCAACUAAUCUUAAUCUUCCACCUCCAACAAGUUCAUCCCUUGCAUCUUUAAUCUUACCUCAACCCUUGACCCCUUCAAAUGAAGAUGACCAAUCGCCCGAUAUUUGGAGAGGUACAAGUAUCGCAGCGCUAAGACGUAAAGCCAUUGAACAUACAGCUUCGAUGUCGGUGUUUGGAAGAUAAUUAAUCAUCAUCAUGAUCAAUAAAAUCAAAGGUAUUAACCAAAAAAAAAUCAACUUUCUUAAACUUUUAUUUCAUAAAACUUUUCUCUCCCCAUCAAACCAAUUAAUCAACUAAUUAGCUGUAAGUCAAGUACAACAAUCAAAUAAUCAAAUAAAUGAAAAUAAUGUUACUAAUUAACAUUAGCAAACAAGUAGGUCUCCCUUUCCACACAACAAAAUCUUCAAUGGUCAUUUUGUUUGGUCAUUUAACUUAUAUAUAUAAAUCGUACUCAUAUCAUCAUCAUCAUCAUCACCAAGAACAAAAAUUCACCUUGAUAGAGAUUAAAAGAGGAAGACAAUAAAAAUGAAGGUGGAAAAUUGAUCUUACCCAUAAAAAAAGAUCAACA